ACCUGCUGUUGGACCUGCCCAUCCUCAUACUAUACAGAUCUGAGGUCCAGCAGUGACGUGACGCGGCGGCUGUAGCAGUAGCUGCUCAGACUCUCAUAAUUACGUAAGCGCUCCAGCUCUGUGUAGCUCCUUCUAAUAACAAAUACUACUCAAGUUGAUCUGUGCCUUUCUCACCAACCAUGGCUCCAACAACCUCUAAAGAGACAGAGAAGCACUGCGUCCUGUGCUGCCAAGAAGUGGACAUCUUCGCCCUGGGGAAAUGCGACCACCCUGUUUGUUACCGCUGCUCCACCAAGAUGAGGGUGCUGUGCGACCAGAAGUACUGCGCCGUCUGCCGGGAGGAGCUCGACAAGGUGGUGUUCGUGAAAAAACGGGAGGCCUUUUCGUCUCUGCCCUACCAGCAGUUCCCCUGUGAGAAGAAGCAUGACAUCUAUUUCUGUGACGAGAUGACCUACGCCCAAUACAGGCAUCUGCUGUUGCCAGAGUGCCUCCGCUGUCCAGAGCCGAAGGUUUUCUCCAAGUACGAGGAGCUAGAGCAGCACAUGAGGAAACAGCACGAGCUCUUCUGUUGCAAGCUCUGCACAAAGCAUCUCAAGAUCUUCUCCCAUGAGCGUAAAUGGUACAACCGUAAGGAACUGGCACGUCACAGAGCACACGGAGACCCAGACGACACCAGUCACAGAGGACACCCGCUCUGCAAGUUCUGUGAUGAUCGUUACCUCGAUAACGACGAGCUGCUUAAACACUUGCGCAGGGACCACUACUUCUGCCAUUUCUGUGAUGCCGACGGUUCCCAGGAGUACUACAGCGAUUACCCGUACCUGAGCGAGCACUUCAGAGACAGUCACUAUCUGUGUGAGGAGGGCCGCUGUGCCACAGAACAGUUCACCCAUGCAUUCCGCUCCGAGAUCGACUACAAGGCCCACAAGGCCGCAGAGCACAGCAAGAACCGAGCAGAGGCUCGACAGAACCGCCAAAUCGACCUGCAGUUUAACUACGCCCUGAGACAACAGAGGAGAACUGAAGGUAUGGUGACUGGUGAGGACUAUGAGGAUAUGCGUCAGAGUCGUGGAGGAAGAGGAAGGAUUCAUGGGGGUCAGAAGAGCUGGAGGUACUCCCGAGAUGAAGAGGACAGGGAGAUGGCAGCCGCUAUGAGGGCCUCCUUGGCAAAGCGUAGACCGGAGGAGAGAGGACCGAUGCACGAGAGAGGACCGAUGCACGAGAGAGGACCGAUGCACGAGAGAGGACCGAUGCAAGAGAGAGGACCGAUGCAUGAGAGAGGAGCGAUGCAUGAGAGAAGCGCGAUGCAGGAGAGAGGAGUGAUGCAGGAGAGAGGAGUGAUGCAGGAGAGAGGCGCAAUGCAGGAGAGAAGCGCGAUGCAGGAGAGAGGAGCGAUGCAGGAGAGAAGCACGAUGCAGGAGAGAGGAGCGAUGCAGGAGAGGAGCGCGAUGCAGGAGAGAAGCGCGAUGCAGGAGAGAGCAGCGAUGCAGGAGAGAGGAGCAAUGCAGGAGAGAGGAGCAAUGCAGGAGAGAGGAGCAAUGCAGGAGAGGAGCGUUCCCAAAUACCUGAGAGAGGAGAGGACCGAGAGAACAGAACCAGAAGAGCCCAGACACAGGACCGGACAAAUGAGACCAAUAAGCAAACCUCCAGUAAGAACAAUGAAGAGCGCUAAUCCAGGGGAUGGAGAAGAUGACUUCCCAGCUUUAGGAGGCAGAUCUGCCCCACUCAUGGUAAAGUCAGCUCCUCCAACGGUAACGGCACCCCAUGCAGCUUUGAAGGAAGACGACUUCCCCAGCCUCUCCGCUGUAGCGGUUGCGUCCCCCAUGACCCCGGCUUACUCUGCCCAGCCUAGGAAGACUUCCUCUUUCCACGAGGAGGAUUUCCCCGCGCUCGUGUCCAAAAUCCGGCCCCCCAAACACGCAGCUGGCACCAAAUCUGCUUGGUCCAGCCAUCCCGCUGUAUCUAAACCCAACCCCCAGCCCCCUCCGUCCUCCAGACCUCCCACUCUUCUCACAUCUGCAUCCUCCGGUCCUCAGCUCCUCACCUCCACAAACGCUUCAUCCUCACGGCGGAAAAAGAAGGUAGGGGAGAAUGGAAAAGCAACAAACACCCGGUCUCCUCCUUCUUCUGAUGACGACAACAACGUAGGAUUGACGCAGAAGGAGUUCCGCUCAGUGCCCACCAUGUUGGACAUCUCCUCUCUGCUCACCGUUAAAGGAGGCAACAGCAAACCCUCCAGUGUGACCUCCAGCGCUCCAAACCCGCCCCCCAGCACUGAUCCUCCUACCUCUAAAGCCAGCAAGAAGAAAAAACAGCAGAAGAACACAUCCGCUCCCUCCAUGUCUGUGUCUUCAAUGUCAGGGACGACACAAACCGCGAGUACAAUCUCCGUGGAAACGGCAGCGCAGAAGGAGAACGUCCCUGAGAAAAGUCGGAACAAACCUCCCUCCAGCGCCGCGACAGCGACACUGAUGAGUGGAUUGGCUAAUGGCCACCCUGAGAAAUCACCACCCGUUAGUAAGGAGGCAGUUGUGGUAGCCCCUCAUCCCAAGGCAGACCCCCCUCUUGACCCGGAGGAAGAGUUCCCUGCUCUCAUGACCAAGAACCCACCACCAGGCUUCAAGUCCUCCUUCCCGCUGAAGGCCUCCGCUCCUGCCCCAUCCUCCGCUAUGCCCCCACCUCCACCCGGCCUGGGAGGCUCAGCCACUAAACCCCCCCCAGGAUUCACUGGGAUCCCCCUCAACAGCAACGUGGUGGAGCCUACUCCGUCUGCAGUCAACCCGCCCCCCAAGGUGUCGAGCAGUGAAUACCUGGUGCCAGAGGACUUCCAUCAGAGGAACCUGGAGCUGAUCCAGUCCAUUAGAAUGUACCUCCACAACGAUGAGUCAAAGUUCAACCAGUUCAAAAACUACUCUGCUCAGUUCAGACAGAGUGUGAUAUCAGCAGUCCAGUACCACAGCAGCUGUAAGGACCUGCUCGGAGAAGACUUCAACCGCAUCUUCAACGAGCUGCUGGUGCUCUUGCCGGACACCGGCAAGCAGCAGGAGCUCCUGUCUGCCCACGGAGACUGUAGAGCGCUGGAGAAGCAGUCAGGCGCUGGAGGAGGAAAGAAAAACAAGAACAAGAAGAACGCCUGGCAGAUGCCGACCACGGCGGCCAACAUGGCAGCUGAUCUGGACUGCCAGGUGUGUCCCACUUGCAGACAGGUACUCGCCCCUAAAGACUUCAACUCCCACAAGACCCUGCACACCAGGGACAGCGAGGAGUUCCCUUCCUUGCAGUCGAUUAGCCGUAUCAUCAGCUAGCCCCUCGUUUUUUUUUUCUCUCUGCUCCGUUUGCCAUUGUGGGGCAGAUUUUCAGUUGCAGCAGCCAGCGUGGGAAACUGUAGCCUGAUUCCCGUGUGACCACGUCCCAGUGGAGUUUGGGGCUCAUAACAAAUAUGAAUUUAAGAUGGUUUAUGGUGUUUUUACUUUGUGCGGGGCUCAUGUUGAUAGGUUUUGUGUGAACGGUAUCACACUUUAAACACACAGGAUCGCCCCAUCUCAACUCGAUUUCCACUCGCAUCCUUUGAGGACGUCUCCAGCUGGCACUGGCACUGGCACAACGUCCAAAUAGAACUGUCGAUUUUAUUUAAUGAAAGAGGGAGAGACGAGCUAAGGCUUUACUUGAAUGCUUCGCUCCCGAAAUACAACAAAAAAAUUGUAUUGAUUUACAUUUUUUUACCUUGCUUUGUGUUUUCACUUAAACAAGAAGAUGACAAAAAUGUAUUUUGUUAACAUCAACGCUGAUAAAAGAGUAUGUAUGAUUUCCCCCAAGCGGGGCUGCUCGGUUAAAUAACUAAAUAAAAACACCAACAUGUUCGGAUCAACUAUUUUAGCACCAUAUUUAUUUAAGUGUAGCUGUUUAAUUGCCUUUUAAUUGUCCGUUGCUUCAUGCAGAGGAAGGCCUGUUGAGUGAAUGGAUUGUUCCCGUUGUGUAGGAGGAUGACAGGAGGUAAGCUGCUUCAGGAAUUAGAACAAAUUUUGCUUGGAUACCAUUUUUUUUUUUUUAUUCUGAUCAUAUUGCUCACCAUUAGAUGUGGUUUAUUGGCUGAUUGAUGGACUGGUUAUUCAGUGGACGUUGCACUAGGUUUCAAAUUGAAACUAAAUGUGACUAAACAACGUAAGAGUGUCCUCGUUAUGUUCAUAUAAUACAUCUAAUUUUUUUGUUAUCAGUGGUAAAAUGAGACACUAACCACUGAGGUAGCUCUUUCUAUUUAAGUCUCCAGGUUAUAGGUAUACAUUUUGUUAUAAGUUAUCAUAAAAAAUUCCUAUCAUAAUGCUUCCAAAUCAAAAAAACAUCAGUGUCGUCAUUCUCCUACACGCUCUCCACUCUGCCUCCGUUUGAUUCCAGCUUUUACACACUGGGCUUGUUGUUUACUCUAGUUUGUUAGAGGGGGGGGACUGGUUCCAUCCAGUACACAAUCUGUUCAUCUUCUCUCUCAGGACCCUUCGCCUGCACCACUGACCACCUGGGUGUGUGUCUGUCCUGUGUGUGUGUGUGUGUGUGUCUGAAUGAAUGUGUAUAUAGAGUUUGUCUAAACAUCACACAGCAGCUUACUCUAUUUUCUGUCUGGCUUCAAUAAAGCUGUUUCUGUCAGCA